AUGUCUCGUAACGAUAUUGAUCCUGCAGCUAAGCUGGCUGAUGAUUUUAAGAGAAAAGGAUAUUUCGACGAGCUGAAAAAAACCAUCUUGUCUAGGUCUACCGGUGCCUCGGAGAGCUCGACUAUCGAAGAGUUUGUACGAAAUAGGGUGUCUGCAGUGGUUGGGGAGAUGGUCAACGAAGACCAAUCUUUGAUAUCCAAAAAUCGAGGUUCCACCAGUGCCCUUAUUGAAGGGCAGUUGUUGAAAAACGGGUAUGAGAAAUUGAAUACAAUCGACUUACAGAUUGAUUCCUUCCUGCGCAGGCAGUUGGAUGACCCAGAAGUGAAAGCUGAUCUUAGAAGCCGCCUGCGAAAAGACCUUGACACUAUUGUGGGACCUGAGCCGGAUUCGCUAAAAACGCGGACAAACGAUGCCGCACGAAAUAGAUCGUAG